UAUAAAACGAAGUCGUUCCUGUAACCGAUGGUAUAAGAUUCAAGUAAUUUUCAGGAUUAUACAUGAAUUGAAAAUUUUGAUUCAAUUAACAAGAAUGUCGGUACCAAGAAGUGUAGGUGUUGAUGUCGAACAAUUAAUACAACAUCAACAAUCACAACAUGUUUUACCAGCUUUUAUUUUACGUGCAAGUGCUGAACGUUAUCAACGAACACCAAAAUGUGCAAGAUGCAGAAAUCAUGGUGUAGUCUCUGCACUUAAAGGACACAAACGAUAUUGCCGUUGGCGAGAUUGUGUUUGUGCUAAAUGUACACUUAUUGCUGAGAGACAACGAGUUAUGGCAGCACAGGUUGCAUUGAGGAGACAACAAGCACAAGAAGAAAGUGAAGCACGAGAAAUUGGAUUACAAUUACAAUAUAAUACUGCUUCUUGCUCUACUGAAGCAGUGCAUUCCAAUUCAAUUCCAUUAAGAGAUUCAACAAAAUUAAGUGAAACUAUAAAAAAAUUUUGCAUAGAAAAUGAUGGUUCAAAUUCACAAGUAGAUCAAAGGAAAUUACAAAUUUUAAGAGACAAAUAUGAUAAAUGUAUGGUUUCACUACAUUCACGAUCACCGUCCACAUCAUCAUCAUAUUCAAGAUCUAGUUUAAAAUCAAAUUCAAAAACAUUAAAAAAUACAGAGCUAACUAAAAAGUCAUUUAUAAAUAAUUCACAGACAGAAAUUUCAAAACAUAAACAAAUUACUUUGAAACACAUCGAUAUCUACAAUAAUGAAUACGACUCAUCAAGUCCUUCUUGUACCCCACCUAUUAUUGCACUUACAAAUACUUUCCAAGAAGAAAUACCUGGUCCAGAAAAUUUAAGCUUACGUAAAUCACCACAAAUUUCAUCUGAAUAUAAUAAUGUACCAACUUGCUUUACAAAACAAGAUACUAUACCUACAACUUUCUUGAUUACAAUGGAAAAACGAACUCAAGCCAGUUGUGCUAAUGCAGCUAUUUUCAAGCCAUCGACUUUGGAUAUUGAAAAUGAGGAAAUUGAACGUGAAAUAUAGAUGAAAAAUUUAUAACUGAUAAUGAAGUGAGAGGAAGAUAUUGAUAUGCUAUGUAACAAAGGAUUGAUGCAAUAAUUCAAAACCGUGGAGAAAGAAAAUGUGCCAUUCAAAAUACUACAAGUUUAAUCAGAUCAAUUUGCAAUUCUAAUAAAUUUUUUCUAUUCACUAUUUAUUUUAA